CAUGAUACAAUUUAAAUUAAAGGAUAAUUUUGUGAAAUAUGAUCCAGUCUUACUUCAAUAAUGCUGCGGGUUCACAACCUUUCUGUUAUAUUAUUAUUGAUGUUAGAUGUUGGAUGGGGAAUGAAAUAUUUGAUAAAAACUGAAACUGGAGAAAACUAUCUAGUGAAAUCUGCAGUUGAUCUUCCAACAACAGGAGGUGAAGUAAAUAAAGGUCCAGGCUAUGCAACUGUUAAAGGGUCUGAUUAUGCAAACAAGUUUAUGGAACCUACUGCAGAAAGUGCCUCCGACGACGACGAAUCAGAGGACUCUUCCGGAGAAGGUGCCUCCAAUGAUGAAUCAGAGGACUCUUCCGGAGAAAGUGCCUCCAAUGAUGAACCAGAGGACUUGACUCCAGAAAUUGCCGCCGAUGAUGAACCAGAAGACUUGUCUCCUGAAAUUGCCACCGAUAAUAAAUUAGAGGACUUGUCUCCAAAAAUUGCCUCUGAGGAUAAAUUAGAAAAAGCGUCCCUGGAGAGUGCCUCCGACGAUGAACCAGUAAGCUCUACCUGUAAGACUAUCGGAGGUCCUGGCGUAGGUUCUCCCUGUAUAUUUCCGUUCUACUGGGAGCGGACUAGAAAGAACUACACCAAGUGCACCAAGGACGUGAAUGUUAAUGAAUUUUGGUGCUCAACAAAGGUGACUAAGGAAGGCCAUCAUAUGAGCGGUAGGUGGGGUGAAUGUGAUCUAGAUUGUCCUGGAGUAAAAGAUGAACCAAAAACCUGUAAAACUGUGAAGGGGAACUCCUGUCAGUUCCCUCAGAUUGAAGGAGAUAUUCUUUACAAUGGUUGUAUUUCACCAAAGUUUAAUUCUACGUCCUACUGCUAUAUACAGGGGAAGAAGGAAAACUGUCCUGAAACCUGUCCUCAGGAGAUAAUGGUUGUUUUUAAAGAGAAAUCCAUCAAAGAAAUAUUUGCUGAGCUGAACAAUUAUCCUACAGUUGCAACAGCAUUACCUCACGCUGAGAAGAAGUGCAAGGAAAGUCUGGAGAAAAAGUUUAAGAACGCAAAACCCGGAGAAAUACCUUCCGUUGCUAAAACUGCUGAGAACCUUGAAGACGCCAUUUCUCUGGUUUGCAAAAACUCUAAAUAUUGCAAGAAUAGUAAAUCACCUUUCUGCACAACUCCAAGUUACACGAUCACACUUCGGAGAGAAAUUGAUUGCCUUAUUGAGUGCUCUUAUCCUGUCUAGUGUCUAAACCACAGUGCAGUUCUAUGAUUAAAAUUAACAAUUUGAA